AUGCAGUUCAUCGAACCGAGGCUGAUCUCUUCAUAUAUGCGACCAGUUCUCACAAUAUUAGUACCGAAACUCAAGGAGCCCGAAUCGAAUCCAGGAGUAAUUCUUAAUGUUCUUCGAGCUAUUGGUGACUUAGCGGAAGUGAAUGGAGGUUCUACAGAGCUAGAGAAAUGGGCUGAUGACUUGCUUGCAAUACUUUUGGAGAUGUUAAGUGAUUCAGGUAAUCCAGACAAACGUGGGGUAGCACUAUGGACAUUGAGGCAGCUAGUGAGCGCAACAGGACGCGUUGUAACACCAUAUCAUAGAUACCCAAUUCUUAUCGAUAUCCUGAUAAAUUUUCUGAAAACUGAGCAGAGACGAUCAAUACGUAGAGAGACAAUUCGUGUGCUAGGACUGCUUGACGCCAUGGAUCCUUACAAACAUAAAAUGAACAAAGGGUUGAUCGAUAGCCAGAAAGACACUAUCUUGAUAUCGCUAUCAGAUUAUAAAAAUAACGAAGCACAAGAUCUAUCAACUGCUGAAAUGUUGGUCAAUAUGGAGACAGUAUUAGAAGAAUAUUAUCCUGCAGUAGCGAUUUCCACGCUCAUGAGGAUUUUACGAGAUCCUACUUUGGCGCAACAUCACACAAUGGUCGUUCAUGCGGUUACAUUCAUAUUCCAAAGUUUAGGAAUUAAAUGUGUUCCAUACCUAGCUCAAGUGCUGCCUAACCUUCUGGACAACAUUCGUACAGCAGAUAUGAAUUUGCGGGAAUUUUUGUUUCAACAGUUGUCGACCCUUAUCCAAAUUGUCAAACAGCAUAUCAUAUGCUACAUGGGGGACAUUUUCAAGCUCGUAAAGGAAUUCUGGGCAAUCAACACGCCAUUGCAACCCACCCUUAUCAAUCUCAUCGAAAAUAUAGCCAUUGCCCUGUCAUGUGAAUUCAAAGACUACCUGCCUCAACUAAUGCCACAAAUUCUUAGAGUUCUCCAGCACGACAUCUCUAAGGAUCGGAUAGUCAUUUAA